ACAGUUAUUUCUCGAUCAUAUGAUUGUGGAUUCUCUUUGAUUUAGUUGCACGUUUUUCUGCGUAAUUCGCACUCGAAUAUUCACACAAUGUCGGCAGAGGAGGAAAAGUACACAAAAUUCCUAAACGAGAAUGGUCUUUUGCCGAGGUUGCACGAGAUAUUGGCGCAACUAGUGCAAAUGGAGCCGCUGCCAAUAGAUCCGCUGAUGGAAAUUCUGCACGCAGUCGGAUGUCCCCUCAUCCCGCAGGCACAGAUGAAGGCGCUGGAACGCAAGGUGUCCCGGGCCCAGGACGAACUGCGCUACUUGCGACGUCUGCUCAUCGACUUGGGCGGACAGGAUGACCUGUACGACAGCGACUCCGACGAGGACGAGUACGUCGGACACGUUGGCGAAAUGGGGGCUGCAUCCCUGCGCACUGAAGAACCGAUUGCCCAAUAUGUUGUGGAUGCGUCCAUUGCCAUCAGAGAGGAUCCCAUCAGCGACUAUGAGGAUGAGCAGCCGUGCUGCAGUCACUCGAUCCACGGCAACGUGAAACAGCGAUAAGUGAACUCUAUGUAUUCACAGUACAUAUCAUUAGUUUACGCUCUUAUUGCAUGUUACGGAAUGCACAUUUUGUUUAAUCAACGCACUUACUUGAAAACAGAGUCAACGCUCAAUCGUUGCAUAUUAUGGAAACCUAUAUAUUUUAGCAUAAGCAAAAAAAAGCCAACGCCAGGCAAUUGGCAUAUUAUAUGAACCAAUUGAAAUGCUGUACGAAUAAAGCCCAAGCAGGAUUGAUUUAUACGUAUAACACAAACUGUAUAACAGUCUAACGUUCUCUUAAGUUCAGUUUUGUUAUCUUACCUUCUCACCUUAAUUUAAAAACAUGUACAUUUAAAUAUGUUCAAUAUUAAAUGGUUGCCUGAAAAUGUAAACGAUAUCAUCGGUAUUGACCCAAUAAAUGUAGUUACAGAUUGUUACAGCUUAAAGCUUUGAAAGAUUGCUGAAUGUAUGAUGUAAGUGCUACCCAUAAGUAACAGCAUGAUGAAAUAAAUAAAUUCACUUCCACAGAUGUAUGUAGAAA